AUGCAGAACCUACCAGAAAAUGAAGAGAGUCUGACAAAGUCGCAGAUAGCUAGAACUAUAAUGAAGACAAGGAAUAAUAAGAGAUUGUUCAGCUUCCAGACUGAUCUAGAAAUAGAAGUUGCAAGAAAACCUUACUACCAAAGGAGGAUUAAACAGCAUGGGUGAGCCAACGCAUCGACAUCAGAAAUAGAUUGGGUGAGUGGGACAUUUAAACCAUUCGAAAUGACUCACCUAAAAGAUGCUAAACAAAGAGAUCUCACCCAAACCAAGAAAUUUAUCAAUAGUUUCAAACAAAAAAAACCAGAAAACAAGCUAUAUCCCGAAAAAAAUAAACCUUCCUUCCAACCAGAUUCAAAACCCCUCAAAAACCCUUCAAAUAGCACCCACGUUUCUUACUGGAACUUCAACACCAAAACUCAAAAUCUCUCUAAACCCCUCAAAAUCCCCUCCCAACACCAAAGACCCACCAAACUAACUACUCUCAAAAACAGCCGGCUCCUCCUCCACCUCUAUUCCAAAAACCUUCGCUCAAAAUACAUCCAAAAAAAUUCUUCGAUUUUAUUCAAGUCAAGAAGGAAAUCCAAUGAAAAUUAUUCAGGUUCUAAAGUAAACACAAGGCUAGGAGUGCAGAGAUUUGGAAUAACAACAGCAAAGGAAAAAUCAGAUAUUCGAGUUAAAAACCAGAGAUACUCGCAGAAAGAAUUUUGCCAAACAAGUCAAGUCAGACCAAUUAAAGUUAUUGGUGAAAAUUCCAGAGAAAAUACACCUCAUAAAAUUGAAGUAUACACUAAAAGCAGAAAUCUUCCAGAAGAUAAAACAACCCAAGGUGAAAUGUCUAGAACUGUAUACCAAAGUAUAGAUUUUCGAGAUGGUUAUUUCAAAAUUAAGAAGAGGAAAAAUCAUUCAAGAGAUAUGAAAAGUCAUUAUAAAACAUUUAACCAAAGAACUAAGACUAAUCAUAAAACUCAUCGAGCUGAUAGGCUGGCCUCUCAAAACCACAUCUUGUUCCUAAAAGACAACCAAGAAUAUAAGGAUAUGACAAGUAAAUCUCAACUGAACGCCAAAGUGAAGUUAAAGGGUAGCUUGAGGAAGCGGAAAUAAAACUUUGAUUCUUCAUGGUGAACAUAUUCAACCACGUGGGAACCACUCAGGAUCAAUAUUACACACCUAUGAUUCCAAGAUAGAUCCAGUAAUGUGAUAUAAAGACAGACAGACUAAUAUUUCCCCGAGCAACGCAAGCUUUUCUUCAAAUGAGCGUGAAAGGCUGAGGGCCUCACAGAACAAAUUCUUUACCUGUCCUUUGGAAAGAGUAGAAAUUAUAGUCAGAAAUUCCUCAAAAUGGAGUAAAAACAAAUAAACAAGAAGAAAAGCUCCUAUUUCAAUACAA